AGGCGUAGACUGUCUACGAUUUAUUGCGCAGCGCUGCACGCGAACGGGCUGUAUCUGAUGGAGAAAUACAUCUGGAAAAUGUCAGGCAGAAGCCUGCCGAUCCGGAAAUGACAUCCGCCAAUGGCAUAGGCCGCGUGGCACCGCUCCACAAUACCGAUGGGGAGCAGGACUUGUUCUCCGGUAGGGCAGGUACAGAUGAAGCUGCAGCCGGUAGCAAGAAGAAGGUCUACCUGGUGUACGGCUGUAUCGGAGUAAACAAUUUCUUCUUGGCGGCGGCAAUCAGCCUGAUGAUGCCGAUCAUGGCUCUGGAGGCAGAGUUGAAGAAUCCAGAUAGCAGCAACGACAGCGUCUCUAAGCACGCGGCCGUAGGACUUGUGUUCAGCAUUGCCAAGUUCACUGAGUUCGUUGCUGCGCCUGGACUAUCGCUAGAGUUACGUAACAUUGGUAGCAAGUAUAUUCUGAUCCUCAGUGGUAUGGGCGUUGCAGGCUGUUUGAUACUGUUUGGAUUCAUCGCCUACGUCGACGGCUGGAUCCAAUUUCUACUGCUGAGUUAUUCCAUACGCAUUGCUCAGGGGUUGUUUACUGUUGCCAACUUUAUUGCGGCAUAUGGUAUCAUGGUGAUAACGCUACCCGACAAUCCAGUUUUCGCCAACGGAUCCAUGCGUGCUUUCAAUGGUCUGGGCUAUGCUUUUGGCCCAUUUCUUGGAGGGAGUCUGUACGAUGUUGGAGGAUUUACCAUUACGUUCCUUGCUGGUGGCAUUGCUCUAUUUAUAUUAUCAACAACGCUAAUUGUAGUUAUGCCAGCUAUUGAGGAGGCGAAGGAAAAGCCGGCAACAUCUGUGUCCUCACAUAGUAACGUGAGUAAACGGGAUCUUUUGUCGGUACCCUGGCUGUGGGCCAUAAUCAUCCAGCUAUUCCUUGGAAACUUCCUGAUGGGAGCUGUUGAGCCCACUCUUCCACUGUACUUCAUCAGAUUCUUCAACCUGUCUACAAGUAUCAGUGGUCUGACCUUUUUAAUGUAUGGCAUACUGUAUAGUCUUGUGGCUGCUUUGCUAGGGCACAUCGUUGACUGUGACUACAUUAGUAUAGAAGCUUCACAGCUUAUUGGUCUGGCAUCGUGUGGCCUGGCCUGUCAGCUGGUGGGCCCUGCGCUGUUUCUGAACUGGCCACGUUCGUCGGCGCUCAGCUUUCUGUCCAUGAUAUUCUUCGCCAUUGGUACCGCAGCACUACUCACUGUCGGUCUUCCGGAUAUGGCUCGAACCUGGUCAGAGCGUGGCUUUGGUACACCGCUAGAGCUUCGCCAUGCUGUGUCGGGUGUGAGCCGGGCUGCAAUGUCCCUGGGAUAUGGAUCUGGUCCCAUUGUUGGGAGUAGUGUUGUAGCUGCUUUGGGUUUCCAGAACGGCAUGUCUGCAAUAGGUGGUGUAUACUUUUCAGUAGGUGUGCUGGUCUUGGUCCGCUGCCUUUACAAAUACGUUGUGUUAUUGCGCCUGCCAGGUGCAGCUAGCCAUGCUGAGGAAUCCAUGGAUAGCCAAAAGCUGAUGGAGGAUGUCUCAGGCGAUCAAGAAUGAAGUGAUUGACUUGUCUGGGCAAACAGCAGCGUCUUUCAGCCCGUACAGAGGCGCUGGCGUGAGUUCAAUCUUUCCUCUUCCUUGCCACUGGAGCACUUGAUGUGACUCGAAAGUCACACAUAGUAUUUAAAAAAUAUCAAUUUAUUCCCACGUUUCAGUUGCAUAUCUGCCACAUCGAUUGCGUGUGGCUCAUUAGUAUUACUCACUACCCACGUUACCUUUGCCAGUUCAAGUUCUAAAAACACACAAUGCUCAAUGUUGGGUUUCUUGGCGGUUAGAUCAGUCCAAUUUAAACAUACUCCGAUAAUAUAGCAACAAGGACGACUAAUUGCAUUGUAAACGUCAUUGUCUGAACGUUGUCUGAAUGU